UGUUGCAAAACGCUGGCUGCAAUUGACCACUUUUGUGGAGUACUGUACCUUUAACUCAGCCCCGCUGUAUCCCGUGAGCCUUUGCGCCCUCCUGCCCCGCUGUAUCCCAUGAUGCAGUGCGUCUUCCGGUUGCUUCUAACCCCGCCCCCCGCAGCCCUUCCCCUUCCGGUGCCGGGCCUGAACAUGGCGCAGGGGCAGCGUAAGUUUCAGGCGCAGAAACCAGCAAAGAGCAAGACUACGGCAGCGGCCUCGGAGCGAAGCCGGGGCCCGAGGAAAGGCGGUCGUGUUAUCGCCCCCAAGAAGGCGCGAAUCGUGCAGCAGCGAAAACUCAAAAAGGAGUUGGAGGUGGGGAUCCGGAAGAAGAUCGAGCACGACGUGGUGAUGAAGGCCAGCUCCAGCCUGCCCAAAAGGCUGGCACUGCUCAAGACCCAGGGCAAGAAGAAGGGGGCUGCCUCCGACAAGAUGCCGUCCUAAAGGUGCUGGCUGGCCCGGCGCACACUGGGACUCGCAGGCGACCUCAUGGCUGCCCCGUGGGAGGAGGAGCUGGACCUUCAGUGUGUGGCCACUGAGCAGCUGAUGGGCAGAGCUGCAGCUGUGGCCUGUGCUCCCCAGGGUGCGGAGAAGUGGUUCUUCCUGUUUCUGUCCUUCCUGUCCCCAGGCCCUGUCUCCAUUGCUAUAAUCCAGAGCAAUAACCCGAUUUUCUUACCUCCUGCUGUCUUGUGGUUCUGUGAGCAUCCUGCCCCGCCCCAGGCCCAGGAGGGACAGGGCACUUCUGCACCUCCAGCCUGGGUCACCUCACAGGGUCUCCCCAUCAGUCCAUCCAGAGCAUGCUCCGGUGCCCCAUGCCAGUGCUGUCUGUGUCACCUGAGCCUGUGGGGUGAAGCCAGCUGGGACACUGCGGAGCCAGGACCUGAACCCCAGUUGCAGCUUCCUGGGGUCUCCCCUCAGCCAGUCCUUGCCUUCCCUUGCUCUCCGCACCCCUCCAGUGGUGCUGGGGUCUGUGGCGGUGCUGCAGCAUGGUGUCCUUGCCUCCCUCAGCUGAGCCAGGUCAGCCCUGGAGCAGGUGGCUGCAGUUGGCUGGUUGGGAAGGUGGGGCCUGCGGGUACAGUGGGUGGCCAAGACUGAUGGAAGUUUUGUUUAGGGCUGUAGUGGGGUUCGAACUCAGAGCCUCACGCUUGCUAGGGAGGUGCUCCACCACCUCAGCCACGCUCCCAGCAGUUUCUAGAAGCUCGUGGUAAGACUGGGCAUGGUGGUGCGUGUCUGCAAUCCCAGCACUUGGACGCUGAGGCAGCAAGGUGGAUUCAAGGUCAGCCUGGGCUACAUAGUGAGACUCCGGCUCAAAAAGAAAAAAACUUUGCCCAGCACCGGUGCCUCACAUCUGUAAACCUAGCCACUUGGGAGGCAGAGAUCAGGAGGAUCAUGGUUUGAGGCCAGCCCCAGCAAAAAACGAGACCCUAUCUUAAAUACCCAACACAA